UAAAACAAACUUGUUCGUUUCGUUCAAAACAUUUCAAAGAACAAUCGAAUCAAAACUUGGUCUAGCAUAGACAAGAUGUAGGAUGAAAAGUACCAAAAUAAUAUGAUGUAAUUCUAAUUAAAAUGGCAAUACAUUUGUGACCGACAGGAUAUCAAAAAUAUUUUUUAACAAGGCAAUCUAAUUGAUAGCCAUUUUGAAGAGCCUUUUGUUGGUGUUUUGUGAAUGUUUUCAACAAAAUUUUCUAUUAUUUCUAUGAUAUAAAAGUGUUUUCGAGACGCCAGUCUCGUUAUUAUAAUAAAGAAUUGAAUCAGAACACUUUAUUAUAAAGUGUUGUUUGUUUGGUGAACGCGCAUUGUGUAAAAAAACCGGAAAGAAGAACUGCCGUAUUUAAGAUUAGUAAAAAAAAAUCUGGUGAAAUAGAGACAGUUAUUGUGACAGUGGAAAUAAUUAUUUCAACGAAUAUCGUUAGUGUGAUUAGUUAAAUUGUUAAAUCGGCCGUUAUUAUUUACAUCGCGUGUUUUGUUCGCUACGUAAAAUUUAGAUCGCCACAAGAUGGCGGCCGUCGGAUGCUCGCUCCGCCAAAACCCGCUCGCGGGGCCCGAUGUGUCAUCGGGUUGUGAGAGCUUCGGUGACAUGUUGUAAACCGGCGUCUCGCACCGCGGCCGAAUUUACCGGCCGCAAACGGCGGGGUUCCAUUUCGUAAAAUGGAAUUUCGCUCGAGGCGCCAAAAUGCGAUGGGUGUUGACAUAAGUGCAAUACCGUACCGUUACUCAGGCGGCAGUACGUAAAAACUAUUACAAAAAUGAGCGAGCCGGACGACGUAGGAAAAGAAGUGUGGAAGCGAUGGAUACUGGAAGCGAUCCACAAGAUUCGCUCACAGAAGCAAAGGCCGAGUGUGGAGCGUAUCUGUCACGCGAUUAGACAGCAUCACAACUAUCACGAAGAUGUGGUAGCGGAGCGGCUGGAGCGCGCAGUGCGAGAGGGAGCCGUGCUCAAGGUGUACAACAAAGGCCAGAGCUCGUACAAGGAUCCCGGCGGCGUCCAGAACAAGCUUCUACGAAUCACACAAGAUGUGGACCUUUCUAGGGUCGUUGCAAAGGCAGUGCGUGAGUUAGGUGAACGUGACGGUUCUACGUUAAAGACAAUUGAAAGACAUUUAAACCAAGCAUACCAAGUGACUGUGGAAAAUGAAGUGGAUGUGCGUGCAGUGUUGAGAGCUGCCGUGAAGCGUGCCGUGGCGCGAGGGCUGCUCUCUCACCAGGCGGGGGCCUACAAGGCGACAGAGAGGCCCCUCACCACAUCCUCAGAUAGAAGCUCCAAGCAGCGUUCUAAGAGUAGUCAAGAAUCCCCAGAGAAGAAACCGAAUCCAAGUGGUCCAGUGCCAUCGUGUACUGAAUGCCUCGGUACUGAGGCUAGAAAUAGGCUGGGGGCAGCUGAGGCUCUCAUAUGCUGCCAACAGUGCAAGUCCUAUGCUCAUCCGACAUGCCUCAACUUACUCGAACAUGUUACACUUCCUGUUAUUAAGUCGGUGCGCUGGUCGUGCGGGGCGUGUGCGUGGUGCGAGGUGUGCGCGGCGCGCGGCGCCUGGGCGGGGCGCUGCGCGCACUGCGCCCGCGCCGCGCACCCCGCCUGCGCCGCCCCGCCCUGGCGCUGCGACUCCUGCGCGCGCCCGCCGCCGCCCGCCGCUCCAGCCGGCUCCAAGCGGUCGACGGCAGCAGGGACUCCACGCGGCAGGAAGCCGCGCACGCCGGCGCGCCAACCUGACUCCGACGACGAGCCCUCCGAUGGUAACGCACCGCCGCGGCCUCCGCGCCCCCCGACCGAACAGAGAAUGUCGAGAGAGAAGCAGAAAUUUUUCAGAUUUUCCGCGUUCAAUCUGGUGAAGCGGCGCCGGCGCCGCUCGUCGUCGGGCUCGUGGGAGGGGUGGGGCGGCGUCCGCGUCACGCGCGUGCAGCGCCUCGAGCUGCGCCUGGAGCGCCGCGAGCCCGCGCCGCGCGCGCCCAGCCCGCCCCUCUCCGCCCGCUCCGCCCGCUCCACGCGCUCCACUCGCUCCACCCGCUCCACCCGCUCCACGCCGUCGCCAGCCUCGUUAGCCUCGCCCCCCGAGCCGGACUCGGCCGCGUCAGGCUCGGAUUCGGUCGGUUCCCCCGCGUCUUCCAGUGAUAGUGAUGAACGACCCGCGCCCGCGUAUGUUUCUACUGUGUUCGAACGUUUAGCAGCUGAUUCCGGCCCGGGUGGUGUUUGGGGAUUCGCUGCUGAAGCGCAGAAACAGAAGCACGCAAAAACUAAAAAUACUUGA